UUCGAAAAGAAAAAAUCCUCUCGACUUGGGAGAAGAAGCCAACCAAAGCUGUCGUGGCGGCGGCAAUGGCGACGGGCGGCGGCGAUGCGGAGUUCUACCUCCGGUCAUACGUGGGGCACAAGGGCAAGUUCGGGCACGAGUUCCUCGAGUUCGAGUUCCGCCCCGACGGCAAGCUCCGGUACGCCAACAACUCCAACUACAAGAACGACACCAUGAUCCGCAAAGAGGUCUUCGUCUCGCCCUCCGUGGUCCGCGAGGCCAGAAGAAUCAUCCAGGAGUCGGAGGUUACGAAGAGGACGACAGCAGCUGGCCCUAGCCCAACCACAUUGGUAGGCAGGAGCUCGAGAUCGUUAUGGGCAACGAGCACAUCUCAUUCACCACCUCCAAGAUUGGCUCCCUUGUCGAUGUUCAGACAAGCAGUGACCCCGGUGGCCUACGCAUCUUCUACUACCUCGUCCAGGAUCUCAAGUGUUUCGUGUUUUCGCUGAUCAACCUCCACUACAAGAUCAAGCCAAUUCAGUCCUGAGCUCCACUCCCUCGCCUAACUGUGUUAUGGUUUGUCGAUCCAGUGGCGUACUAAUAGGGUACUAGUAUUCAUUCAUUUGCCAAGUGCUGGCUUGCUUGUAAAGGUACCAACAAACCUUUUGAACAAACCUUAAUACUACAUAGGGCUAAACCAAACCUCAUGCCUGCUAUGAAAGCUUGGUUGCAGAAUCUGUAAUUAUUUUUCUUGCUUUCUUCCUUUUCUGUGUUUUUCUGUUGUAACUGAACCUUUUCCUUCUUUCUUUUUAAUAAUAUAUAAUUUCACGGUC